AAAAAAAAAAAAAAAACUAAAAAUGAGGCGUCGAAGAAAUCAUAAUCAAGGGGACAACAACGUCCUGUCAUGUUUAAAGAGGAACAGAAGGCCCUGCCAUUUGGAUAAAAACAAAUUCCAGAGUCAGAGAAAAAAAGAAAAAAAAAAACAGUGAAAAGCAGAGAGAAAAAGAGAGCUUUGAAACUCUCUUCUUCUCUCUUUGUUAUCAUCAAAUCAGGAUACCCACUACUCUGCAAGAUCAUACCUUCUUUGGGGUUGUCUUUUGGUACUCAGCACUGUUGGUAUUUGUCCUUGGCAGAUGGACCCUAUCAGUUGACAUUAUGUUGUAAUUAUCAAGGUUCAAUUUCUGCUACUAGAAAAUAAUGCUGGCUAUUUAAUCACUUGUGUUCUUCCGAUCAAUAUGUGGAGUUUUGCAUCCAAUUGCAUUGCUGGAACUCAUGGACAGAAAAAUGAUUCUUUAAAGCAAACUCAUGCUGCAUCAGAAUGUUCAGAUGAUGAAAAUUCUUCCAUAGUAAGCAGGGAUGAAGGUUUAGAGUGCCCAUUAUGCUGUGAAUCCUUCAACAUAGUAGAAAAUGUGCCCUAUGUUUUAUGGUGUGGCCAUACCCUUUGUAAAAACUGCAUUCUAGGACUUCAAUGGGCUGUUGUGAAAUUUCCGACUCUAUCAAUUGAACUUCCUCUUUUUAUCUCCUGCCCGUGGUGCAAUCUCUUGUCUUUUCGUCUGGUUUGUCAGGGAAAUCUCAAGUUCCCCCGGAAAAAUUAUUUUCUCCUAUGGAUGGUUGAGAGCAUGAAUGGUGAUAGGCUGAAGUCCCAUUCUUCUUUCUGUGAAGAUCAUCAGCCAGACUGGUCAUCAAACAACAAUUUAGCCUUGCAAAACCAAGUGACUUGGAGUAACCACAGAAGGGGACAGUAUCCUCAUCAUUCUGAGUCGUCAGGAUCAAGCCACAAUGAUACUCAUCUUGCCAGUUACUUCGAUUUGGGAAGAAUAUAUUCUUCCUUCCAGAAAUCUCUGGUGUUAUUUGUACAUCUGACAGCCAAGUUCCCACUUGUCAUCAUAUUUCUCUUAAUCAUCCUAUAUGCAAUUCCUGCCAGUGCAGUCAUCUUGGUCCUGUACAUACUUAUUACUGUUCUGUUUGCUCUCCCUUCAUUUCUCAUUUUGUACUUUGCAUAUCCUAGUUUAGACUGGCUUGUGAAAGAGAUCAUCACUUGAGAUGGUAUCAGUUUGAUUUUCAGCAAGCAUAGUGGAAUUAAGUUUGCACCUACCUGAAGACCGUUAAAUCUCCAAUUCGACAACUUUCCAGUGUCCAAAUUUAUGGCAGUUCUUCCUCAAAGCUUCUAGUAUCUUCUUCCCUGAUAGGAUUUUCCUAUUUAAAAACAUUUCAGCUUGUGGUGUGAUUGUUUUGAUUCUUAUUUCUGGGAUUUGGUCAUCUGAUGGCAACCAAAAUUCCCAGAUGAAGUAGGAAGUGCUCUUUAUAUAACAGAGCUCUUGGUUGGUAUACAGUUCAAAUAGUUAUAUACUUGUACUUUGACAGUUCAGACCGUUGUUAUUAGAUCUACGUUAUAGAUAUAUAAUUUUUCUGUGCAUGCUUGUUCUUCUCCUUUUUGGUUUGGAUGAAAGCAAUCAGUUAUGGAUUAACAUGU